GAAGUGGAACGGGAUGGGCACUUCGCCAAUUGCCAGAAAUCUUAUCUCGGGAGCAGGAGAAGGAGCGCGAACGAUCGGAGGGGCCGGAGUCGAAAAGGAGAAUGGGAGAGCGGAGAAAUACUAGUGAUCGAGAGAAUCGAGGAGAAAGAGGUGACCGGAAAAGGGUGGUGCGCGAGCCAGGAGAAGGUAUCGGCAUCUAAUUCUGGUGUCGGGAUUCGUAUCCCCUGCUUUUGAAAUCCAAAGAUCCGUUGUUGUCGAUCUCUGCGCUCAGCAAAAGGAGGGAAUUUUCCUUUACUUUCCCACCGGAGAGGAGGAGAAAGAGUAGAAAGAACAAAAGUUUCGAUUCUUGCAAAGCUUUCCUUCUCUCUGCCCCCUCGAGGAGGACGAAGAGCCACCGGAAUGUGCUGGAGGCAGGGGGAUUUCGGCUUCUUGAUGUGGUUUUGGGAAGCUGGUCGGUCGAGGUCAAGGUUUUCAUCAAUGUGAUGAAUGAAAACAGAUUCCUUUCUUGGCUUCUUAAUCGGUUUGAUGUGCUUCGGGAUUGCGAAUUUUGGAGGUUCUUGGUGGGUGUUGCAGUGAAGAUUGAAUCUAUGGGUUUUUGGGAAAGGUUGCUUUUUUCGCAUCUACGAGGGAUUCGAUCUCAGGUGCAGUGACAAUUCGAGUUGUUGGCAACAUAGAUUUUUGGCCCGUCCAGUAUUGGAAAUCGACCCUACCAGAAGCUUGAUCUCGCUGAUUCUUUGAUAAUGAACCAGGACAGUGAUCACCUGUUCGUUUAGGUUGUUUGAGGCCGAGUAAUUUCUGAUAGGGCGUGAUAACUUGGUGCCGUCAGCGUGAAUAGUUGGUGUAAGAUGGCGGCUGAUUCUAACAUGGGUUCUCACCAAGCAAACACGCCUUCUUCUUUCCAUCAUCCUCGCAUGGUUUCUUUCCGGUCAGGUGCAACGGAUAGCUUAAUGGGGGUGAUUCCUGGCGAGGUGUGCAGUUUCAGUGGGAACAGCAUCAUGGUUCCAUCUGCUGCCUCUUGCAUGACCAAUCAUAUGGAUACUGUGACUCAAUCUCGGUACCCUGCAGGAUCUGUUCUUCGUGAACCAAAACCGAGGUUCACACAUGUCUCAGGCUCACCUGCAUAUUGGUCUUCGGAAGAAGUGGAUAUCUUGAGCAUAGGCCUUCUCAAAUACGCUAAUGAACCAAAUAUACGGAAGUAUGCCAAGAUAGCUGCUAUGCUGCCUCAGAAGACUAUAAGAGAUGUUGCACUGAGGUGUCAGUGGAUGAUUAACAAGGAAAAUGGCAAACGGAGGAAGAUGGAAGAAUAUUAUGCAGCAAAAAAGAUGAAAGAAAUGAAGGAUCAGAUGGUGGGUUCUCCUUCAACAGCAAAUAUUUGUAUGGCUCCUAUUUCAUUUAUCAUGAAUCAUAAGAACAUCCAUGAUCAGCUUCCAUCUGAAGAAAUGAGGCGCCUUUUGGAUGAAAAUAGAAGAUUUCUGAAAGACAUUGCAAGAAAUCUUGAGGGAGGCAUGAUAGAAGAGAAUAUUAAUUUAUUUCAUUACAUCAGAAAUAACAUCUCAACAAUCGAGAAUAGAGUAGAUGUGAUGUCUGCAACAAUGAACCAACUUCCGGGGUCGAUGACACAGAUGCCUCUUUGGAGGGUCUCGGUAAAUGAUGAUCUUCUCAGCAGUCUUAUUCCACUUAAUGGAAAUAACUUAUGUGCUACACCAGGAAGCAAUCAAUUACGGCUGGACAUGACAUGCUUCAGACGUAACAUAGGAUGAUUCGAAGAGCUCAUGCAAGAUUCUCCCGAAAACGCUGCAGGUCUUGGCUUUGUGAAUCCCUCUUGGAGUGGGAAGAUCCCAUGGUGGAACCAGUGAUAUCUAUUCUGAACCAGACACCAGGCGACGAAACCCUCUUCUCCAUGACUAGGGUUGUAACCGGCGAAUCGUUCAGCCUGUGAUCUGAAUUCUGUAUAUAAUUGCUUCAUUAGUGGGAGGUGUUCUAGGAUGUAAGAAAAUAAUGGUGCUUGCAUCUUGUCAAUCCUGACUUGUAUUUUGUCUAUUCAUUCUAUUUUAUCAGGAUAUAUUGUUCACCUCCUCGGAGCGUAUGGGAUAAAUAAAAAAAUAAAUAAUUUUUGUGGAUA